AUGGUAAGCGACCAAGUCCCACAAGAGCUAGGAACUGUUAUUUCCCGUCGCCGUACCACUACUUUAUCCAGUUAUGGUGCUGACCGCCGUAACUUAGGUGUAUUCACGAACGAUGAUGCUACCACUUGCAAGGCCAAAAUUAGCAACAAUGAAACAACAAAACAAGAACGUGUCGUCAAUCAUAUUGGACUUUGGCGUAGCUCUGCUAGCAAAUCUGUUAAAUUUAUGCGAGAUCCUUGGUUUCAUUCCUUUGUUUACGAGAUUCCAAUAAUAAGAGCUCGUCUUUAUCGCUAUUCAUUAGUAAGACAGUCUUGGACUAAAGAUGUUGUUGAGAUACGCCUUUUUCAAGUUGAAAGCGGCGCUAUUGGGAAAUGCUACAGGCUGAAGAAACUUCCAUCCAGUAGUUGUGUUCGCGAUUGGAAGUAUGCUCACAACUACGUUUCAAAGAGAUAUGCCGGAAGUGGUUCGGAAUAUAACUGUUAUGACCCACCCAAAAAGAUCGAUAUUGUUCAGAUGUGCGUCCUCGAAAUCAUUGACUUGCCAUCCCAACCACUAUUUCAUCUUGAACACUUCAUUGAAGGUGACUACAUCAAGUACAACACUAAUUCUGGUUUCGUUUCUGAAGUCACUCGUAAAACGCCACAGGCGCUUUCCCACUUUACAUUCGAGCGAUCAGGCCACCAGAUGAUGGUGGUGGGCAUUCAAGGGGUUGGAGAACUUUACAUGGAUCCUCAAAUACACAUGGUGAUUGGAACGAACUAUGGUGAUGGGAAUUUGGGUACUCGUGGGAUGGCUUUGUUCUUUCACUCUCACUUGUGCAAUGACAUUUGCCAUUCACUUUGCUUAACUGAAUUUGAUCUGUCCGAUGCGGAACGCUCGGCGCUCAGUAGUUGUUCACCACCAAGUCUUCUGAACCAGUCAACAGUAUUCACUCGACCAGUAAGUGAUUCUAAAGUGGAGUCAUUUCCAGGUAGUGGUGAACUGCAAAACGAUGACUGUCUCUGUGACCAUUGCUUCACUCAUAACCCUACUAAUAUUGCAAUUGAACCUUUCGCUGAUUACGCUGACGACAUUAAUAAAGAAUGUGAAGAUCAUGAGCAUAGUCAUCCUCGAAAGGUCGGUUUCCAUACACUCAGCGUGGAGCGUUGUGAGCGUUCGAGUAGUGUCGCAAGUUCAUUUGGUUCUGGUUCAUUUGGUAUCUCUUCGAGAAAAUCUAUGCCGUCUAGCAUCCUUCCGGCCAUGGAGUUGCAGGAGCUUAAUGCUGAACUGAUGUGGGUUACCCAGCAUACCUGUAUUUCAUUCCAAAUUCACUUUCAUCUAGCACGUUAUCACAGGCUGUGUAGGUUUUUAUUAGAAGUGGAUAAUGAAGAUAAACGAAUUGAGCUUGAAGGAACCAAUCCUUGCAGUGAUAUGAGAAUUUCUAGGUCUACUGUCAGAUAUGGUAAGAAGUCUUCCCUUUUCCAUCUCGGUAUAGUGAGACUUUGUGGAGCCGUACAAGGAAUAAUCAGUGUUCCUCAGAUGGUCUUCAAACUACGUCACGAUCUCUUGAAAGGUGUUAGUAUAAGCGAAGACUGGCCAAUAGGCGAAGAUAACGCUAGUGGAGAAAUUCGCGACCAGGGAAAGUUAGCUUCUGAACAUAUGGAAACCGUUGCAGAAAUGGGGAACAGAAGUGCAAUGUUAUUCGUGACAGAGGCUUAUGAAACUGAGCGAGAAAUUGGUGUCGAUGCGUAG